UGGGGACGGGUAAAUGGAUUGGUCGAUUAAAUCCGACCCGACCCGACUACUAUGGGUUCUAGUCUACACCGUUAGGUUUUAGCAAAGUUAGAUGCGCAGUGUGCAUCCCCGCGGCGCACGAUAAGGUUAUCGUGCUUGCAAAUCAUUAUCCUUCUCCCUGGGAUGCGCUUUACUCCUCCUACUCCCCGCCACUUCAAUCUUCAUUUACUACUUCAUUCUUUUAUUUUAUUUAUUAGUUAUUAAUAUUAAUUGUUUUAGCGCAAAACAUAUAGAACCUUAGAGUUUGUUAUCGACCGUUGAACUCAGUUUGCUAACCCUUCCUCCUUCUGCCACCCGCCACCGAUCCUAACCUGUGUUUCAGGUUUAAACAUCUGCAGAAAAAAAAUCCUUCUAUUUAUUACAAAAGGACAAAAUGUCAGAAGGAACCAGUCUGGUGCUGGAAUCGUCCGAGAAUUGCACAGAUUUGUCUCAGGAUGAGAUUGGCACAAUUGAGGAAACACCAGAGGAGACAAUUUUAUCAAGACAGACUUCUGUCAACCUUGUUCCUUUUAUUGGUCAGAGAUUUGUUUCUCAAGAAGCUGCUUAUGAAUUCUAUUGCAGUUUUGCUAAGCAGUGUGGCUUUUCAAUUCGGCGACACCGCACUCGAGGGAAGGAUGGUGUUGGUCGUGGAGUCACAAGGAGGGAUUUUACUUGCCAUCGUGGUGGAUACCCCCAGGUCAAACCUUCUGAUGAUGGGAAGAUGCAAAGGAACCGCAAAUCAUCUCGUUGUGGUUGCCAAGCAUACUUGCGUAUUGUUAAAAAGUCGGAUUUUGAUGUCCCUGAGUGGCGUGUUACUGGCUUUAGCAAUGUCCACAAUCACGAGUUGUUAAAAUCUAAUGAGGUGCGGCUUCUUCCGGCAUACUGCAUGAGGCAAAUGUUAAGAUUGAUGGAACUAGAGAAAGGCAUCAAAGUCGGUUGCCUUCCUUUUACAGAAAUGGAUGUGAGAAACCUGUUGCAGUCUUUCAGAAAUGUUGAAAGAGACAAUGAUGCCAUUGAUCUAAUUGCUAUGUGCAAGAGAUUAAAAGAUGAAAAUCCAAAUUUCAAGUAUGAAUUCAAGAUAGACAGUAAUAACAGGCUGGAGCAUAUUGCAUGGUCUUACAGCUCAUCUGUUCAAUCGUACGAGUCAUUUGGAGAUGCUUUGGUUUUUGACACCACACACCGAGUAGAUGCCUAUGACAUGCUGUUGGGAAUUUGGCUUGGAGUGGACAAUCAUGGGAUGACUUGUUUCUUUGGUUGCACACUUCUACGGGAUGAAAAUAUGCAGUCUUUUUCAUGGGCUUUAAAGGCUUUCAUGGGCUUCAUGAAAGGAAAAGCUCCGCAAACAAUAUUAACUGAUCAUAACAUGUGGCUGAAAGAAGCUAUUGCUGUUGAAAUGCCAGAAACAAAACAUGCCUUUUGUAUAUGGCAUAUUCUUUCUAAGUUGUCUGACUGGUUUUCUGUUCUACUUGGAUCUCAUUAUGACGAGUGGAAAGCUGACUUCCUCCAGCUCUACAAUUUGGAACUGAUGGAAGAUUUCGAAGAAGGGUGGAGACAAAUGAUUGAUAAAUAUCGACUCCACACGAACAAACAUAUUAUUAGCCUACAUUCAUUAAGGAUGUUUUGGGCUCUACCAUUCUUGAGGCGUUACUUCUUUGCAGGAUUGACCAGCACAAGUCAAUCCGAGUCCAUUAAUGCUUUCAUCCAACGGUUCUUGAGCGCUCAAUCUCAAUUGGACCACUUUGUUGAGCAAGUAGCAGAUAUUGUUGAUUUUAACGACCGGGCUGGAUUGAAGCAAAAAAUGCAACGGAAAGCGCAGAAAGUGUGCCUCAAAACAGGCUCGCCUGUCGAAUCUCAUGCUGCCACUGUCCUUACACCUUAUGCCUUAAGUAAACUCCAGGAUGAGCUAGUUUUGGCGCCGCAGUAUGCAUCCUUUCUGGUGGAUGAAGGUUGCUUCCAGGUCAGACAUCACACUCAGACGGACGGAGGCUGCAAAGUAUUUUGGGUUCCUUGUCAAGCGCACAUUACCUGCAGCUGCCACCUGUUUGAGUUUUCAGGAACCUUAUGCAGACAUGUUCUACGUGUCAUGUCGACCAAUAACUGUUUUCACAUCCCUGACCAAUACCUACCCACCCGUUGGAGAGGUGGUAGUUUGUCUUCUGUCAACCAGUUUCGGGGCGUAACAACAAGGGAUCAGCCUGAAAGGAUGCAAUUUUUGGAAUCCAUGGUUUCGACGCUUAUAAUGGAAUCCAUUGAAACAGAGGAACGCCUUGAUGUUGCUUGCGAGCAAAUGUCUGUGGCGCUUUCACGUAUCAAAGCCCUUCCAAGGCCGCCGGCACAUGGGGUGAAUGACAUCACAUAUAGUUAUUCGUCGGAUUCAUUGAUCCUACCAGAGGUAGAAGAUACUGAUGGAAUAAUUCAUGGUUUUGCAAACCCCCACGAUAGUAUUGCCUUAGGAAAGCUAAAGGAGAGAAGGGCGAGGGAUGUCGUUGAUGUCACGAGGAAGCGUAGGCAGUUUCCGGGGCCGUUGUGUGGGCAAUAUGUGCAUGAUCCUUCCGAUUGCUCAAUAAUGGCAGGUGAUAAUCUAGGUGGAGAUGGAUUAGGGUAUUUGUAGAUUUGAAGGAAAUUAUUGCUAUUAUUGAUGUACAAAGUAAAUGCUUCUUUUGUUGUUAUUUCAAUAUUAGUUAAUCAGUUAAUUUUUCCUCAUUUUGUGUCUUCCAUAUUCAGCAAUACACAAAUGGUUAAGUUUCUAUCACUCAGUUUGUGGCCUAAGAAUUCAGCCUACUUGAAUUCACUUCUGGUGUUUUCUGA